CACGUCAAUGCGGUAGUAGUGAGCGGCAGAGUCCUCGCUGUAGGUUAAUGUUGGAGAGGUCCGACCGGCGCAACUGUCUCAAAACCGACGCCCAGCGGGCCGCGGGGAUCUUCGGGGCCGCCCUAGGUCGGUAACACUAUCAUGGGGAACGCGGAGAGCGGCUGCGGCGCAGGCAGCGGCGACGAGGAAGACGUAGAAACGGAGAGCCCCGGCUUCGCGGAAGACAGUCCGGCCUCUGCGGCCACUGGCGGCGCCGUUGGAGGCGGCGGAGGCUCCGGUUCCGGCAGGAGCGGAAGGGGGCCGAGCAACCCGCCCGUGCCCACCGGUGGACCGCCGAGCCCCGAGGUGCUCCUGGAGCAAGUGAAACUGAGGGAGGCGGCGGCCCGUAUCAGCGACUCGGGGGUCGCCAUUCAGGAGUCCGUGCUGGCCGGCAAUGAGGGUGUGCUGGUGCGGUGGCUGGAGGACCGGUUGAACCGGGGAGAGGAGUCCGUCAAUGUGGAGCAAUUCUGCGAGAUGUUGGAGAGCCGCGACGCCCCGAGAGAUGAAUGCGAAGAGGCUUUUGGACAGUUCGAUGCAGAGGGGGAUGGGGUGGUGGACGUAGAGUGCAUGCUGAUUGCUCUGAAGAACUCCAAUGGAGCUAAUCUACAGGGAGAGCUGAGUCAUGUGAUAAGACAGCUACAGGCGUGCUCCCUAACCCCAGGUUUUGUUGACAUAUUCUCCAAGACCAAAGACCGGCUAGGGGCACACGCCUCUAAGAUCCUUAAGUUUUUACACAGGAAUCGUAUUCCCAGCAGUGCCAUCCCUUUCCCCGUCUUAGAGGGCUACAACAGUAUUUGCACCAUGAGGUCCAGUGUGGUCCAGGACUUCUUGGAAUUCUUCUUGCAGAAGGAGAAAGAUUUAGAUAUCCAGUACAGAGCCGAGCUGGACCGUGAUCCAGAGGUUGACAAAGUCAAGGUGGUCACACAGUGCUACAGCACAAUAGAAGCUUCAUCCAAUGUUUCUGAAAUCUACAAGAUGACAAAUGGAGAGACUGCAUCUUUCUGGCAGUCAGACGGCAGUGCACGCUCACACUGGAUUAGAUUGAAAAUGAAGCCCGAUGUGGUUUUGAGAAGACUGGCCAUUGCUGUGGCUUCAAAUGACCACAGCUACAUGCCUCAGCUGGUCUCAGUGGCUGUGGGGAAAAACCGGCGUUCGCUGCAGGAAAUCAGAGACAUACGCAUCCCCAGCAAUGUCACAGGCUACGUAGCUCUACUGGAGAAUGCAAACAUCACACACCCCUACAUCCAAAUCAACAUUAAGCGGUGCCUGAGCGAUGGGUGUGACACACGGAUUCAUGGCUUGAAGACUCUUGGCUAUCAGAUUACCAAGAGUAAAGAGGUGUCUGUUUCGGAUGCUUCGGCCAUCUGGUACCUGUCUCUCCUCACCUCCUUGGUCACUGCCUCCAUGGAGACAAACCCUGCACUGGCUCAAACCGUCCUUCAGAGCACACAAAAAGCCUUACGGCACAUGCCGCCGCUGUCCCUAACACCUUCGUCCACCGAGUUCCCCAAGUUCUUCUCUUUGAACAUCCUUGAGGAGGUGGAUGGAUUUCUUCUCAGGAUAGCUGACUGCUGUGUGAGUCCUAAUGCUGAACUGACACUCCUGGCCUUCGCUCUAGCCAGAGGCAGCGUGGCAAAAGUGCUGCAGGCCUUGUCCUGCCUCAGCGAUCAUUUAGAGACAGAGUACAAGGCCUCCUCCCUCAUCGCGUCUAUGGGCUCCGUUAGGCUGCGACUCCUCUACCGCAACGGGAAGCCCCUCCAGCUGCACCUACAGGCCUGUGACGUGAAGAGUAAAGAGGAGAAAUCGGGACCAGAGAACAUGCUCACAGAAUCUUCCCUUGGAGACGGUUUUCUCACAGAGAGCGGCAGGAAGAAAGCCAGUGUGAUCCUGUCGACAGAGGACCAGAGCAACUUCCAGGUCACUCAGAUGAAGAUCAAAGUGCGAAAAGGAGCCAUUGGUGCAAAAUGCGGUUUGGUGUUUGCAUACAAAGAGGAAAACCCUUUUGAUGCAGAGAAACAUUUCAAGAGGUUCAAAAAAUAUGACGCGUGGGACUAUAAGGACUACAAAGAGUUCGUACAAGACAAUGUGAGGAUUCCAGCACAGUCCGAGGACGAGCCGAUUGGCUGGUUUGAGCUUGAGGAGGACUGGAACGACGUGGAGAUCAAGCUGCAGCAGUGUCGAGUUGCAAAGUUCCUGAUGGUGAAAUUGCUCUGCACCAGGCAGGACUCCGCUGAGCGCCUCGGUGUGCAGGCCAUCAGCUUCAGUGGCUACCUGUGCCCCGGGGCAGAGAAGCUGGGAGACCUGGAUGACCUCAGUUCAGAGGGAGAAAGCAUUGACCGCGACACCGUCACCGGCCUUUGUCUACUUAACAAGACCCUGUUCUUCAUUCAACAGCUUACACGUGACAUGGAUGCCUCUCACUUCAAGCAGAAGUAUCUCCUUGACUUCAGUGGCCUCAGCCUCAACCUUUUCUGGAACUUCUAUAGAAAACUCAGGGAGAUUGACGGGGAGGAGGUGUUGAAGAGCAGAGUUCUGCUGCUCCAGCUGAUGCAGAACUGUUUCCCCAUGCUGCCCAACCCUCUGGAGUCCCACGGCCCAGAGGAGAGCAGCGGGCCCGAUGAGGGAGCCACAGCAGCCGCUUGUCCAUCCACGUCCAGCAGUGCAGAGCCACUGAAUGACUCUGUCAGGGCCGUGUCAGAGCUCUACACUCACCUCUGCCUAAUUGUGGAUGGUCCAGAAGGGGAAACUUUGGUGGAAAAAGCUUUGCACAAGGAAGCAGUCAAGGCCAUUCUCAAUGGAGCUGCUGUUUUCUUCCCUGAUAAACACGUCCGGCGGGACAAACUCUUCCACAUGAUGAAACAUAUUACUGAAGAGGAUCAGCCAGAGUCAGUAAAGGUGACGUUUGCAUCACUUUGUAAUUACUUCAGUGACCAGGAUCCGAGUGGCCUCCUCCUGCUCCCACCUAAAGGAGCUCCCUCAGACUUUGAUAUCAGCCCCAUACUGUCAGUCAUGGAGACACUGCUACUGGUGGCAACAAGAGAGUGUGAAGUCAUGAUUGUGGAUGAGAGCAGUGGAGCCAGCAGGGCGGUGUUGUUGUCCUUGUUCUGGGCACUGCAGGGUAGUCUGCUCUCCUGGUGCUACCUGCAGCUCAAAGGAGGAACUUCCACAGCUAUCGCUAUGGAGUUGGCGAGAGAUAUACUACUAAAAUAUGUGGAUCAGUUCUUGGAAAGCAUCAAGGCGAUCCUUGGUUCCCUGCUGAAGCGAUACACCAGUGCGGAAAUCACCGACAAACUUGGCAGCUCCAUCCUAGCCACAGUCUUCAGACAACUGAUGAUCUUCCUCCUGGAGCUGUGCUCUUUGGACAUCCCUCACAGUGUGCUGCUGAAGAGCUUCUCCUCUCUGGUCGAGCUACUCAAAGGCCUAUCCAGUGACACUGGAGACAUAUUUUCUAAGGGGGAUCAGGAGAGCUGGCACCAGCCGCAGCAGCCGGUUGUGCUGAGGAACUGGAAGAUGGAGUCGCCUCACAACUAUGAGAACAGCCGCCACGAGACCAGCAUCUUCGCCUGCCCUGGCGCUACCUCCUUCGAGGUGGAGUUUGAUGAACGCUGUGAGACCGAGAAAAGAUACGACUACCUAGAGUUCACAGAUUCCAGAGGUGGCAAGGUCCGCUAUGAUAUGAAAGUUGGAUCGGAGAAGUGGCCAAAGAAAGUGACAUUUGACGCUGGCCCUCAGCUCCAGUUCCUCUUCCACUCUGACAGCAGUAAUAACGAAUGGGGAUACAAGUUCACCGUGACAGCCCUGGGUCUGCCAGACAUCACCAUUUCUUGGAUGUCGGACUUGCAGCUGCUGGUGGCUCGCCUGAUGGGUCGACUUGCAUCUAGAACUCUGGCACUGAAAUCCCCUCAUGAGGUACGCACUAUAAAAGAGCUUCCAUCGGGGAAAAUGUCCCAUGUUCAGGCGUCUCCUUUAUGGAAACCCAUCCUGCGACAUGGACUGUGUGAAAUAACCAAUCAGACUAAAACACCCACAGAGCAGACAAACACAUGGUCUUUUGAGGAGUUAAAGAGCUUCCUGGAGGACUUUGCUCGAUGGAACCCCUCUCAGGAACUGACGGACAGUAGAACGGAGCUGAUGAGGAAACUCAUGCACUCCUGCAAAAAACAGACAUUGAGGAAUGAGAUAGCUGCCGGGUCAAAGACGGAUCAAGCCGUGAAUUCCAUUUGGGCAGCCAUGGUGUACCACACGCCAACCCUCAACCAUGCCCUGAAGACCUAUGUUAAUCAGGACUGCAAGUCCUGUCUAAGUGAAGAGUUCGUGCUGGUGUAUUCAUUAGCAGACAGCAUCAGAACGUGGAUGCUGGAGAUGAAGCAGAGAUACCUUGUAGGCAAGAUGAAUGUUCCUGAUGACAAAGAAGGGGUUCCCGAUGAGGUUACCAUGGAUACAUUAGCUGAGAUGUGUAUUGAGAAGAGCCUCUUGCUGUUCAGAUUUGCCCCGUGUGGAGUCACAUGCCAGGACACUGACUCUUUCAAAGCAGCAGAGGGCAGCAGUGCGCCACUCUUCCGCUCAAGUUCGAUCUCGGAAGGGGAUUUCCAGGCCAGCUCCUCUCCGGGACCUCAGAAUGCAGGCGCCGAGGAAGGUGGCGAGGCCAGGGUAGGACAGUGCAACUCUCCCGGUGCCCAAGCCCAAAUUCCAGCUUCUUGUGGACACAGUAAGCAAGGUCACAGAGGCUCCACGGAGAGCCUUUCACCCCAGCCAGGAGAGCCAGCCUCGCCCUCUGCCUUGCCCCGUAAACCCCCAUUCAGUCGAGCACGCCUACGCCUUCUGUCCUGUCGAUCUAUAGAAGAGCCCCGCAUGACCUCAUCUAUCAAGGAUCGCUACCCAAUACUCAAACACAUCGUAAACUUUAUAAGGGACCAGGCUCUCACAACUGCAAGCAUUCUGCAGACACUGUCCCUGAACAAAGCCCAGGCUCUGAGUGUGUGCAAGGUCCUGGAGAUGGUUCAGCAGUGUUUGCAUUCCCUGGGAAAGCCACACCUCUUCCAAGCCCCCUGCAUCUUGUUCCUACAGGAGCUGCUGGCAUGUCAGAAAGACUUCACCAGUUAUUUCUCCCAGUUGUCAGACAGUGGGCAGAAGCUCGGAGAGGAGGUGAGGCGUUCCUACCAUCACUUGGUGCUCAUGCUUGUGGAGGCGGUACAAGGCUUCAGCAGCCUCAAUGAGAAAGCUCUGCUGCCAGCCCUGUCAUGUGUGCAGACCUGCUUGCUGCACCUUCUCGACAUGAGCUGGGAGGUUCACGACCUACCUCUCUUUCUGAACAUCGAGCUUCCUGACCUCCUGCUCAGCAUGUCCCAGGAGAACAUCAGUGUUCACGACAUUGCCAUCAGUCAAUGGACGGAGGAAGACGAGAUUGCAGACUACAAGAAGAACCAGGAGUGGAUGGAUGAGUGUAUGGAUGGGAUGUUUGAGAAGUGGUACGACAAAAUCGACGAGGAGGACUCCAUGGAGGACAGGAGAAAGAUGCACAUGUUCAUUGCACGCUACUGUGACCUGCUCAAUGUUGUCAUCUCCUGCGACGGUUGCGAGAGGAUGGCACCGUGGCACCGCUACCGAUGUCUGCAGUGCAUGGAUAUGGACCUCUGCAAGACCUGCUUCCUCAGUGGUGCCAAGCCCGAGGGCCACGAGGACGACCACGAGAUGGUGAACAUGGAAUAUGCCUGUGACCAUUGCCAGGGCCUCAUUGUAGGCAGCAGGAUCAACUGCAACGUGUGUGAAGACUUUGACUUGUGCUUUGGGUGUUACAACUCUAAGAAGUAUCCUGACAGCCAUCUGCCCACCCACCGGAUCACAGUCUACCCCAUGGUGACGAUACGAAUCAGCGACCGCCACCGCCUGAUCCAGCCCUACAUCCACAACUACUCCUGGCUCCUGUUCGCUGCUUUGGCCCUAUACACAUCCGAACUGAGCAGUGAGAAGAAGAUGGAGGGAGAGUCGUUGGACAGCAACGUGUUGAGCCAGGCCUCCGCCCUGCAGACACACUGCUCCCAGCUCAUCACUGCGUGCUUGCUUAAGGGCCAGACUGGCAAAGGUCUACGUUCGUCCGCUUUGCUCGCUCUGCUGUCCUCCAACGAAUCGGCUUCUGACAGUGAGCUGUGUCCAGUCUCCCCGGAGUCCUCUCAGGAGCUGAGUACCGCGACUGACACCUCCUCUCUCCCUGGCAGCACUGCAGCAAUCUGCUCCCCGUCAUCUCCCAGGGACAAGAAUAAACCAUCUAAGGAGAAAAAGGCAAAGGAGUUGGGCUCUCCUCCCCCUGCUCCUCCACAGGUGUUGUGCCCCCCAAGCACUGGAGAUGGAGAGAAAAAGAAGCUGGUCACUCAGGACACCCUGGAUUCCCCAAGUCUGAGCCAGACACCCUCUGUGUCCAGCGAGGACCCUCUCUCUCCUAUGAUCAGACCUUCAGAAUCUGGACCAUGCACAGUCAACUCCCCAGCAUCGUACGUUGUCAAGGAGACAGAUGAGAGGCUGCCGCAGGUUCCCCUCCAGGAGCAUGUGUUUUCAGAAUGCUCCAGAGAGAGGAUCUUGGGACUACUAGCAGCCAUGCUGCCACCAGCCAAGCCUGGCAGCACCCUCUGUCUGCCCAGUCUGAGUUCCAUCCUGCCCCAGCUUUUCAGGGCAGUCAUUUCCAACGCCGGCUCCCUGAAUGAGGCCUUCCACCUCACCCUGGGACUACUGGGUCAGCUGCUGCUGCGAAUCCCUCCAAUGGAGGCCGACAUUGCUGUCACAGAGGCCCUGGCUGACAAAUAUGAGUUGCUGACACAAGGAGAGGGCGGCACUUCUGACACUGAGGGUUGGAGGACCACUCAGCUGCUGUUCAGCCUGGGAGCCGUCUGUUUAGACAGUCGUAUCGGUCUCGAUUGGGCGUGCACGGUUGCAGAUAUUUUGCACAGUCUGAAUGCUUGUCCUGAGUGGAGACCAGUCAUCGCUGCCUUCACCGACCACUGCGUUCAGCAGCUGCCACGGACUCUCAAACGCACCAACCUCUUCACUCUGCUGGUGCUGGUGGGCUUCCCCGAGGUGCUGUGUGUGGGCACACAGACGGUGUUUAUCGACAACGCCAAUGAACAGCACAACAUGAUUUUGCUCAAGCACUUCACAGAAAAGAACCAUGCUGCGGUGGUGGACGUCAAAACGCGCAAGAGGAAAACAGUGAAGGAUUACCAACUCAUCCAGUCUCAGGACUCCACUACAGCCAGCCUCCCAGGGCAGACCGAGGACCAGGGAUGCCCAAAGACACUUCUUAGCCCCUACUUGAGCAAUUUCACCUCCAUCAUCGGCCACCUGCUUCAGACCAGUCAGGAUAAUGGCUCUCCUGAUGCUGUGGAGGCUUCCUGGGUCCUGUCCUUGGCCCUUAAAGGCCUCUACAACACUCUCAAGAAACACGGUGUGGAGCAAGCUCAGAACGCCAUCCAGCAGUCGGGACUGACACAGCUGCUGGUGAGGAAGUGCAGCAAAGGGACGGGCUUCAGCAAGCUGUGGCUGCUGCGAGAUCUCGAGAUCCUCUCUAUCAUGCUGUACUCCUCCAAGAGGGAGAUCCACUCCAUGGCCCAGGACCCUGAGCGAGACCAAAGGGAGCAGGAGAAGGAGCACGACUCGGACCACUCCAGUUGCUGCGCUGACGACGCCGACGUCAACAGGCCCGACCCCUUAGAGGGUCUCGAUGAGGAGACAAAGAUUUGCUUCCAGAUCACCCAUGAUGCCUUAAAUGCCCCUUUGCCCAUCCUGCGGGCUAUGUACGAGUUGCAGAUGAAAAGAACUGACUCUUUCUUCCUGGAGGUGCAGAAGAGAUUUGAUGGAGAAGAGAUAAAAACAGAUGAGACAAUCCGUACGCUGGCUCAGAAGUGGCAGCCUAGCAGGCGGCCUCGCUCUGAGGAGAGGAACACCAAGGCUGUUGACACGGAUAUGAUUGUGGUCUCCUGCGUUUCUAAACCCAGUCACUGUGAAAAGGCCACCGAGGAGCUCAACGUAGUGGCCCAGAAGCUCAUCACCAACUCGGAGAGUGACUUGCAACUCAGCUACGCCAAGCAGAGGCGCACCAAAAGCUCAGCUCUUUUGCACAAGGAGCUGGAUGUGCGCAGCAAUCGGGCGGUUCGCCAGUAUCUGGUGAAGGUCAACCAGGCCAUCGCAACGCUGUAUGCACGCCACGUGCUGGCCUCGCUGCUGGCUGACUGGCCUGCAGAGGCUGCCUUGAGCGAGGAGGCCCUGGAACUGAGUGGUGCUUCACACAUGGCCUACAUCCUGGACAUGUUGAUGCAGCUAGAGGAGAGGCCGCUCUGGGAGAAGAUUCUCCAGAGGGUGUUGAAGGGUUGCAGCCAGAGUAUGCUGUGCAGUCUGUCUCUCACCGGCUGCCAGUUCAUGGAGGAGCCAGGUAUGGCCGUACAGAUCAGAGAGUCCAAACACCCCUAUGACAACAACACCAACUAUGAGGACAAGGUCCACAUCCCAGGGGCUAUCUACCUUUCCGUCAAAUUUGAUUCCCGCUGCUACACAGAGGAAGGCUGUGAUGAGCUCAUCAUGUCCAGUAGCAGUGAUUUCCUCCAGGAUGUCCACAAUUUCAGCGGCUCUCCUCAAAAAUGGUCAGAUUUUGAGAUCCCUGGUGAUACCCUGUACUACAGAUUUAUGUCUGACAUGAGCAACACGGAGUGGGGCUACAAGUUCACGGUGACAGGAGGCCACAGAGGAAGAUUCCAGACAGGGUUUGAGAUACUGAAGCAAAUGUUGGCUGAUGACCAAGUGCUCAGUCAGCUGCCACUGGCCGACAUAUGGGAGUGGCAGGUCGGCGUGGCCUGUCGCCAGACUGGGAACCAGAGACUCAAAGCCAUCCACUUGUUGCUCCGCCUUCUGCAGUGUCAAUCCGAGACAGCCUGUGAGCUGACGCUGCUGCGACCUCUGUGGCAGCUCUUCAUGUCUAUGGAAAACACCCUGAGCCAGGAUCCCACCAGUAUCACUGUGCUACUGCCGCUUCACAGAGCCCUCACCGAACUCUUCUUUAUCGCAGAGGCCCGGGCCAUUGCAAAGAGCAUCCUCCAGGAGUACUUAUUGGCCAUGACCACUGACGAGCAGCUCCUCAAUCACACUGCGAUGGCUCUGAAGAACAUCGCUGCCAUCAGCCUGGCGAUAAAUUACCCCAAUAAAUCUACCAAGCUACUCAACAUGUCCUCCUGAGCGAUCUGCUGAGGGGAGAAGAGGAGAGCAACCUGAAGGGGACACGUCCUGACUCGGCUCGUUCACUCCUGAACAAGGAACAGAGAGGAGAGGUGAAGGAGGAAAACCUCUCUGACCACCCAGUGCUUACCUUCUAACAGGACCCCCACCCUCCACGCUCUUAACUCACUGAAGUACUGUGGACAUGAGCUGCGGUGGUGGUGGGGAACUCACAGAGCACUUUCCACACUUACUCACAAUCCUUUUUGCCUUACGUGAAUCCAGUAUAUCAGCAUGUCCUUUCACUGGAACAGGAACGAUACAUAUUUAGUUUUUUUGUUUUUUACGUUUUUACUUGAAGACGCCAGGCCUAAGGACACAAAUUGUGCCAAAUUAGCAACCUUCACAACCUUUUUCUCCCCCCUUCCUAAACAGCAGCCAUUUUGGGUUACAUAACAAAAAAAACGGGUCACCUUGGCAACUUGCAUAUCUCAGUGGACACGUAGAGCAUCCUAAAAAUACAGUCCAGGACGGUGGAGUCUCAUUAGUCACCACAGGGAGAAAGUAGUGACCUACUAGCUCAUUCCACUCUUUCCCUUCGUCUUUCUUGUCCUUUCAUCUAUACUUCCUUUCCUCCGACACACCUCUCCACAUCCACCCUUUUGCUUUUCAGACAUCCGAAAGUAGAUGAUGGUAUUUUACAAGACUGUUGUUUAAAAGUAGGAUCAGUACGUCGCCAUAGAUUAUCCUUAACAUCUAUCUGAUGAUCUGCAAUUUGUAAUGAGAACUAAGCCCCACUUUUCCGAGCUGGGGACAGUUUGAUCAGGGCUGAAAAGGACGAAGAUGAUGCUCACAUAGCCAUAAUCUUUGCAUAGGAUGACAAUUGACAUUACAGCAGAGGGAAAACUGUGAUAAUACGAAAAGUGAAAGAAAUCAAACGUCAAAUGAUGUUCAUGGAAAUGAAUAACGGCAAAGUUGUCAUGGGGACCUCCUGGACUUUUGCUUUUAUCCACAGAUUUAUUUAUUCACUGUUUUAUUUAACGUUUAGUUAAGUUUCAGCCAUUACUGAAGGAUCCUGGGUUUUUUUCAGUAACAGCAAAGCUGUUUCAUAAAUCAUAGUCUAUUACACUAUGAUUUCCCCACUACCUUGUGCAUGGUAGUAAAUGCAAGAAUAACACGAAUACCUUUAGCAGAGCAGAUGCCGCUGAUUCCCACUGAUACACCGAUGGACAGUCACAUCCCUUAUGAAACUAAUUGUUAAUGAUUGAAGCUGAUCCACUGAGACACAUAAAGGUGACUGUAGAAUAGACACGUAUUCCACUUGUUCACCAGUGACACAUCUAUUACUCAGUAGUGCUGAGACAGUUGGAUUCUUAAAUACUUAAUUACCUCAUGUUUUGUAAUUUCACAGAUAAUGAGUGUGACGCUUCCUUAGGUGUUGAAUGUGACUUUUGAUCACACCACAUGAAACUCCACACGCGAUGAAGCUGAAAUCCAGCCGUAGCCACAUCUGCAUCAGUCACAUGUACUGUCCCACUUCACGUUAAAAGAAGGCAUCGGGUUUUCGUCUGUCGAUAAGCUUCAAAGCGAGAGCGAGUAAACGGGGUUUUGUCUUUCCGAUCGUCACUUGCAUUAGUUCCGGAUGAGGAGAUUAUUUUAGCUGUAGGAGAUCAUUCUGGUUUUAUACCAAAGAAACCCAUCGUUGUGAGCCAUGUGACACCUCUGACCGAGAGUUCCCCUUCUGUUCAUCACAUAUCAGAUAGCCACCCUGUGAGAAGCUCGAGCAGAGGAAACCUUUAGACUUUGUUCUGUUUUUUUACUCUUACUUUUGAACUGGUCCCCACAAGGACCAUAUGAUAGCUCAGUGGUUUUGUUUACACAUACGUCAGCUGCAUUGAGGAAAGAGGAAGAGAUACAUUUCCUCCAUUUUGGCUUCUACGACGCCUCGCCUAUCUACAACGUGCCUAUGUUUGAAAAUGAAGCAAUCAUAAUUUAUCUCAUGUUAGUGGAAUAGUUUAAAUUCUAUUUUAAAGAGAAGUAUAUUGUUUCAUUUGAAGUUUUUUGUAAAUUUUUACUUUUAACGUUGAUUUCAUUUCACGAGGACGCUUGAUAUUUGAAGCUGACUAAUUUGAAUGUACAUAUCUGUGAAUAUGACCUGCACAAAAGAGAGAGACUUUGAUAUCUACCCCUUACGAAUAUAAACUUUAUUGGGCACUAACAGAUGGACACUGAUGUUGAUUUUGUAUGCAUGGCACAUUGAAGGUAAGAAAAAAAAAAAGGAAAAAGUACGGCUUGGGUUGAUUUGUGAUUCGUUUCUAAUUAAAAUAGAAAUUACUUAACUAAAA